UAACAGUCAGGUGGCUGGCCUGGGCCCUACUCAGGGGAGAAGGGUGUAGUCUCACAUAAUGUGCCCUGAUUUUACUGCUUGACAUUAGAGGCAAAGUAGAACACUCUGUGCAGCACUCCCUGAUGAGGCUUUCUAACCCUGGAGGACACCAUACCAGCCCUCCCAGCUCUGCCCCUGAGUCCAAGAGGGAAGAUUGCAAAAAACACUUGACGGGAAAGGCAGCAGCCGAGUCCUGGCUGAGAUAGGGGUCCAGUCUCUGAAAAGAAAUAACUGGAACUCUAAGCUACAGAAAUGCUGCAACCUGCCUAAAACAACAUUUUACGACUGUCUUCUGAAUUCCUGGAUUUUCUCUUUCUGGAAGUUCCCCUUGCAUUCUUAACGAACCAUGGACAUCAUUAGCUUUCUGAAGUCUCAGUUCAUUUGCCACCUUCUUAUCUGCUACAUAUUUAUAGUGUCGGGACUGAUAAUUAACUUCAUUCAGCUCUUCACACUUGUCCUCUGGCCAAUCAACAAGCAGCUUUUCAGGAAGAUCAAUUGCAGACUGGCUUACUGCAUUUCAAGCCAGAUGGUGAUGUUGCUGGAAUGGUGGUCAGGCACUGAUUGCACCCUCUACACUGACCCAGAGAGUUACCACAAGUACGGGAAAGAGAAUGCCAUCGUAAUCCUUAAUCACAACUAUGAAAUCGACUUUCUCUGUGGUUGGAACUUUUGUGAAAGGUUUGGGGUUUUAGGGAGUUCCAAAGUGCUUGCAAAAAAGGAACUUUCUUACGUGCCUAUCAUUGGUUGGAUGUGGUAUUUCCUAGAGAUAGUCUUCUGCAAGCGUAAAUGGGAGGAAGAUCGGAAAACUGUCAUGCAGAGCUUGCUCAAUCUCUGGGAUUACCCUGAAAAAUUUUGGUUCUUGAUACACUGUGAGGGCACGAGAUUCACAGAGCAGAAGCACCAAAUCAGCAUGCAGGUUGCUGAAGCCAAAGGCCUGCCUAAACUCAAGUAUCAUCUGCUGCCCCGGACAAAGGGAUUUGCUGUCACCGUGCAAAGUUUGAGAAAUGUAGUGUCAGCUGUGUAUGAUUCUACGCUCAAUUUUAGAAAUAAUGAGAAUCCAACUUUGCUGGGAGUUUUAAAUGGGAAGAAAUACCAUGCAGAUUUAUAUGUAAGACGGAUUCCAUUAGAGGAAGUCCCAGAAGACGAACAGGAAUGUUCUAAGUGGCUUCACAAACUCUAUCAAGAAAAGGAUGCCUUUCAAGAAGAAUACUACAGAACAGGAGCCUAUCCCGCUACUCCCAUAGUGCCACCUCGGCGGCCAUGGACUCUUUUGAACUGGCUUUUCUGGGCCUUAUUGCUGCUAUAUCCUUUAUUCCAGCUGCUUAUCAACAUGGUCAGCAGUGGAUCAUCACUGACGCUGGCUAGUUUUGCUUUUGUCAUCAUUGUGGCUUCUGUUGGUGUCCGAUGGAUGAUAGGGGUGACUGAAAUUAACAAGGGCUCUACCUACGGCAACAAUGACAACAAGCAGAAACAAAUGUAAUAUCUCCAGAGACUGCUUCAAUACCGAGGGAACAAAUGCAACUUCUGAAAACUCUUUACUUGCACAUCAUGCUCUUUCAAGUGAGAGGAGGAGCGUAACUGAAUUUGUGCUCCCAUUUUGUGUCCUUGGGGCUGGGGCUAGAUUUCAGACUUGCUGAAAGGUGUUCUGCAUCUCACCUCUUCAGAACAGGUUGGCCUUUGUUUAUUGGUUUUCAUAUGAAGUGUCUUAUAUUUGGAAGAAAAAAAUCUAGUGGGAUAUUAUAGGUCCACAUGGGAAUUAACAGUUGGCUGUGGGGGGGAUACAAGUUUUUCUCAACAUGCUGUAAGGAAUGGAUCAUAAAUGGUGGUAUAAGAAAAUUAAAAUGGAAUUUUUGUAUAUCUAGAUCAUGUUAUCAGUUUAAUGACCAUAAUCUGUUUCAAUAUGCUUUGCUCAGUUAGAGAAAUAUCAAAUUGAACCAGGCCCCCUACAGAAAAUAGGUUUCAGAUGAGCUAUUCCAAUUUAGGUCCUAAUUGUACAAUGAGAUCCACUCAGUCCCUGCACCCAUUAGCUUGAAUUGGACUGAGUAUGAGGGUCUGUCCCUCCAGCUCACACUGCAAGAUUGGGGUCUUUGUGAUGUAACUGGUGGUAGAAUUUGGCCCAGUGAAUUUUGAACAUGGGUCUGAUGUUUAGACAUGACAAAUAUACCUAGCACAUCACCAUUCCUUACAAUUACUAAGCAGUUUUGGAUUAGCUUCAGAGCACUGAUGUAUGCAAUGAUUAGACUGAAUACUGUUUACAUUUUGGGAGAGGUAAUAAGAUUAUUUUAGCUUACAAAAAAGUAUGGGCCUUCAGACAGUGGUAGGAAAGAAAGGCAGCUGUAUGUCUGUCAACAAAACAAAGUUAGGGAAUCAUUUGCUUUGGCCUCUUCUGAGAAAUAACUACACUUAGCCUCAGAGGGUGCAGCUUAAGACAACUUGAAGCUAGAUGAUUUCCUUAGAUGUUGUUUUCUGGGCAUGCCUUGCAUUUCAGAGCCCUAUGGAGUUGAUCUAGUUUGCAGUGACAAAACCUUACUGAUGGUAGUGAUUCCAGGCCCUUGCUUUUUGGAAAAAAAUCUGUCCUUCAUUAAGCUAGGCUUGCUUUUCUAUCCUAGCUCUGCUGCCUUUGGGCCAUCUUGGUUUUUAAACAUCAUAACCUGUGGAAAUUUCCUGAUUUUUUGCAACCCAUGAAUACCUGAAGGCCACUAUUCUGUUUAUCUCCUAGAUUUGGGCAUAGGAGCUGUGGCUUGGUGAAAUGCCCUAUCUGUACUAGACAGUGCCAUUUACUGUUGGGACACCCCCACCCCCCAGGGGCUUUCUAAAGGGAAUUUGGGGAAAGCCUCUCAAGCAGUUUUAUUUGUACUAGAUGGUGAAAGCAUGCAGUGGGAUACUCAAAGAAACAGGGCUAACAAUGCAAACAACUCCCUGAAUGAGGUAUUUGCUGUUCAGUAGUUCAAAUCUUACUUUAGGUUAGAAAUAUUUCUCUCUUAAAUGAAAGUGGGCCUAGUGCUACUUUUUUAGUGGAAGGGCAGUUGCAGGGAAUGGGUUUGAAACUCAUGGCCGUUAGAAAAAUGUGGCAUCUGAAGGAAGGAAUCGGAAUGUCUGAGGCAGAUUAAUUUUGUUCACUUUACUGGUAUAUAAUGGCUGAGACGUCAGGAUUUCAUGCCCACACAGCCUUAAAGAGCUCUGAGUAGUAUAAACUCACUGCUAAGGAUGGGGCCUAUGCUUGCAUUCCUACCAGGCUCACACCAUUCAGUGAAACGAAGGUGAACUUUGGGUGUACAAAGAUCCCAUGACUGCAGGCUUCCUUAGGCCUUUUCUACAUCUAAAAUGGAGUAACCGCUGUGGCCAUGCUGAGAAGAAUAGAGGCUGCUGCCAUGCUUUUGCCAUAGUACAGUCCUGGGGCAGAGAAGGAUAACAGUACUAACCAGAACACUCCACCAUGGGAGAUGCCCAGCCCAAUACAGUACUGUGCAGAACGCCCCUGUGGCGUGGCAUGGCUUGACUCACAACCACCCCCCAUAAGGCUGCACAGCCCCUUCCUCUCAUUUUGAAAGUGAGGGCAGCAAGGGGGGAGGGCCUCACUGCUGAACAAGAAAUGGGUAUUAGGUCAGAGGUACGCAGCCCUUGUAUUUAUAUUAAUGUUAAUAUGAAAAAAUGUUUGUAAUUGUGGAGUGUUUUAGUACAUAUCAAUUAUUCUGAGAGAGAGAGUUACACUAGAUUAGAUUAGGCUAAAGCACUUAAAUCAGUGGGACUCCUGGGAGUGCAUGGAAUGAAAGAGACAGAUUUAACUGGGAAUUUUGAAUGCACAAGGACUGGACCUUCCAAAGCUCUACAUAAAUUUGAUUAUCCUGCCCUUGUUUCUGAAAUCAGCACUGUACCUCUUGUGGCUUUGCUGGAAUGCCUGUAAAAGGUACUUGCCAAAAAAACCCCAACUAGUUUAUUGUAUUAAAAGAAUGACAGUGUCAGACAUCAGUGUUUACUUCCCUCCCCUGAGCAACUGUAUGUUUGUUUUACAAUGGCCUUAACAAAAGUAGUCUUAAGUUUGUUUAUACAAAACAAUAAAGAGUUAAAGUGCAAAACUUGUCUUUGAAAUGCAGGGAAUUUUUAAUGCAGCUGAUACCAAACACACUAUCUGAGGGUUGCUUAACAUUUUCCUUCCCAAUCUGUUGCAGACAUGGAGUGAAGGCUGUUAAAGUGAAGCCAAAUAAAAUGUGUUUUUGUUGUUUCUCAAAACACCUCUAUGAGCUUCAGGUGGAUACUGUGCCUUUAGAUGUUGUCCUAUUGCUUGUAAGUAGUAUCAUUUCUAUGGUGAAGUCUGCGGUGCUCUUAACCAGUCAUAGCGACAACACCCUGAAAGUUUGAUGUUUCAAUCCAGCAUCACUGGCCUGUUUAAAAAGGUAUAUUUGAUUGGAGGGUUUUUUCAUUUUUUUUAUUAGGUUACACAACUGGCUUUACUCUGCUCUCUAGACCAGAAAAGAAUGUAAAACUCUACCUCCUGUAUCUCACUCAAGGAAGCAGAGCAGCCUUGGUAAACUUUCCACAGCCUGCGUUGUGGAGAAAUGUUUCAAAACAGUUAGGAAACCUUUUGAGGUGGCAGCUCCACUAUAGCUGUUGACUACCUUCAGAACUUCCAUCUUCCACAGAUGCAGCAGCCUUGUAAAACAUCCACUCUCUAUCUAGGGUGCUAGUGCAUCUGGACAUAUUUCUAACAAAGCUGGAUCUCUUUCCUUGUUGUUUAUAUGCACUCUUGCCUGAUUAAUGCCCUGUGUCUGCAGAAAAAUAUUCUUAUAUAGGGUCUUAAGUCAUUGUGCUCUCUUAAUCUCUCUCAUCACCUCAUUGUUCACAGUUCUAGUUAUGCAGCACCACCAAAGCUCAAAUCCUCUGAGUCUACUAGAAGUAUCUGGCUCUUUCAGCCGGGUUGACACUAACACAGAUGUGUAAUUUG